GAGCGCCCCUAAACCUGGGGCGCUGCAGGUUCAGGUUAGUCUUGGCCACGGCGGGGCUGCGUUUGCCGAGGCCAAGCUGGAGGGACAGGCCCGGGCUACGGAGCAGGCCUCAGGGAUGAACAUUUGAUAUAAAAGACUUGACUUCAUAAUCUCCGUCUGCCCUAAUGCUGUCAUCUGGAAUAGAGACUCAGCGGGUUCCACUUGAUUCCUCCAUGUCUGCUGUGGUACAGGAAUUUUACUCUGAACUUCCCGAGGCCCUCCUGGUACAGUCCAGAGAACUUUUACACGAGGACCUCCCUGAAGGUUUUCUAAGGAACAAAGAAGGAAAUGUACAGAUUACAGCUGAAACUCAGCCUGAGUCCACGGAAGACAUACAAGGUAUAAAGGUGAAUGGGACUAAGAUGGAUAAGAAUGACCAUGUGAGUAAUGUUCUCUCAGCUGGGUGCAGUAAAUACCAAGAAGUAGACAAAAUCAUGACCAGUGGUGAAGUUUCAGAAACCAGAACUUUAGUUUCCCUAAAGCCUUUAAACUUUGUGGACCCUGGAUUGGCAGAAGUAACUGCUAAUGAAAAAGAAUGUGGAGAAUUAAAAACUUUUCCAUCUUGGUUGUCAUUAUUACCAGGGAAUAGUGCCAUUUCCAACACUGACAAUGGAGAGAAAGAGCUGUGUAAAUUAAACCCUGUCUGUGAAGCAGAUGACAAUCGCCAACAGACUCCUGGCCUCCAUAAUGAAAAACACAGUUCUGCACCUAAUACUUCCACAGCUAUGGGAAAUAGAGAUGCUAUAAAACCCUUGGAAGAAAGUUCUGAAAUUCCACAUUUCAUACCACUUUUGUCUGUUCCAGGAUGCAGAAUAGCAUCAUUAGAAAAAUGUGAUUUUGAAAGCAACAGUUUGCUGAAAGGAUCUGCUAAAAAGACAGAUAGUUCCUUUUUUAAUGAGGACGAUCAAAGCAAAAACUUGGCUUGUAUAGAAGGUAAAGAAAGGCCUUUGAAUCUGGGGAAAGAAAGGGAAGAAGAACCAGAAAAGAAAGCCAGUUCUGGUGGAAAAAAGACUGCUGAUAGCCCAAAGGAAGAUACCUACAAUAACUCUUGCAUUCAAGGCAGUAUCCAUACAGAAAGCUCUAGUUCUUUAAUGCUCAAUUUUCUUACUGAAGCCACAGAAAUAAUGUUUAAAAAGAAUGAUUUGAAAAUCACUUUAGACUAUCAGGGUAACUUGACAGACCCUGUGGACCAUAGAAAAACUGUUCCUAAUGUGAGCCAUGUAAGUGAGCACUCGGUAGAAAGCAAUUUUUUCUCUUCAGUGCAACUUAGAGAGUCAGAACAGACAACCACUAUAAAGCCUAAUAAGUUACGUGAAAAGAUAAAUAGUAAAGACUCUAAUUCUUUAGUUAACAUUCAGAGAAAUCUGGAAGGUGAAACUCGGAUAAAUGAAGCAACAUGUAAUGAUUUUUUGUCUGAAAGAAAAUCUUUUGGGAGUGUUAUGCCAGAAGAUCAGAUAAAUUUUAUACCUAGCAAGAUAUCAAAAUCCAAGACAGAUGCUGCUCAAUUACCACUGUUUCCAGAAUUUGAUUACAGACCUUCAGAAAAGGCUACACGAACCUCACUUGACAGUAUCUCACAUUUAGAUGCACCAGGCAUUGCUGGUGAGUUGAGUGAACCUUCUUGUGCUAGUGAACUGGUUAUGAAAGUAGAUUGUGAAUGUGUUUUAAAUCAACAAGUGUCCCUUAAUUCUCAAGACCACAUGACAUUGCCAACUAGUUCUCUACUAAAUAUAAACAGAGAGAGGCCUUUGGCAACAGGCAAUGAUGCCCAACAGAGCCAUCACCUUUCUUUAAAGAAUGGAGGGGAGGUUAUUGCUGGUACCCAGACCAUUCCCAUGAAGACAAAACUAAAAGACAUUUCUCCACAGGGUGACAAAAUCUGUGGUGCCUCUUCAAAUCCCACCUUUAGCACCAAAUCAGGAAGCCUAGAAGGAAAAGAAAAAAUGGCUGAUUCAGGAACAGAAGAUUUACAUUUUGGGUUCCUCUCAAGUACAAAAGAAGCAGCUGGCUCUCCUCAGGAGGUCUCUGUCACCAAAUGUAAAAACAUUCAAUCUCAGGAUAUCUCCAUCUGUCACAAUGCAAGAGAAAAUGUACCAAAAGAAAAUUUACUUUCUGCGUGUGCUGUUUCUAAGCCAAGCAAAAUCAUUCUGAGAGUGAACAACUCUAAAGCAAGAAAAUAUGAAAAUGCAUUUCAGCACAGUGAUCACUACUCCCAGGGAACAGAAGACUCUGUAAAAAGUAACACCCAGAAAAUGAGCUGUACAGCUAAGAAGAGUGAACUUACUAGGAGAGAAACUCAAGGCAGCCUUCCAGAUGGUAAGAACCAUACUAAAGUAGCACAUAUGUCAGAUAAUGGAGUGGCGAAGAUAGCCACACGUACUGCCAUCAGUCACAUCAAACCCAAUGAGAGAGGGCUACCCAGAAAAGAAUCAGAUAUACCCAAUGAAACUGUGUUUUGUAAAGACACUAUCUCUGACUGUGCUACACAAGAACUAAACCAACCUGCAAACAUUCCAAAUCCUGAAACAUUAUUGAACCAGUCUCCUCCAACAGUUGAAACCCUUGGUCAGAAAGCAGAUGAAGUCCUUGGCUUCCAGAGUAACCAAAACAGACUAGUUGAAAGCAGAAGUAAAUGUAAAUCAGUUAAGAAGGCACUAGACAGUCACCAGAGAGAGGCCACUGCAGAAGCUAACAGAGAGCUAAAUUUCAGCAAGAAAGAUCUGCUAGUCAGUUUGGAUAGGGAUAACUCACUGCUUUGUGGUAGUCCGAAGAAAGACAAUUCCCAAGGAGCCUUUGAAAGUAUUUCUGGUUCUGAAGAGUCCAUCAAUGGUAUGAUACACACGGUCCAUGCAGACUAUGGUGAAAAGCCUGCACAAGGUAUGCUGGCUGUGAAAACAUCUAAUGUACUUGGUGAUGGUGCAAGGGGAGAUAGACUGGCAUUCCGUGAAACCUCAAGGAAUACCUCAUCUGAGAGAGGAGAACUGAAGGCUGCAUUUAUAGGACCAGCUGACCAAGACUCAGAUCUCCCAAAUGUUGCUGCUUCUAUAGAGCAGUCUGUAGAAAUAAAAUCGUGUGAAGAGAAAGUAUGUAAAUCUUUAGAAGACUGUGAAAUUGAAGAAUGCCCAGACUCUUCCAUACCCCAUGAGAUGAAGUCUAUUGCUGAUCAUGAACCAAAUGUGAGUAUAUUAGAUAGCAUAAGCAUGUCUUUAAAUCAUGCUUACCAUAAACACCAUAGUAACGUAGGAUCUCUAAGAGAGACCCAGGGAAUAACUGAAGGAUCCAGACCAGAAGUAGAUUCUGAGGCUGGCAAGGAAAAACCUUUGGGAAUAUCCUCAAGAGAUUUGAUGUCCUUUAAAUGCCAAGGUGGGAACUCUGACUCUCCACAGAGCCUAGAAUCCUUUAAGGCAAUGACUUUGUAUCUAUCUUCUCAAGAAAAUUCAGAAAUUGAUAAUACCAGCAGUGAAGAAACUGACCUGAAAAAUCCUUUUAAGCAAAAAGAUGGUGACGUGCUUUGUGAAAAUACAAAAGACUGUGCAGACCUACUCAAGAUGAAGGAACAAAUACCAAGGAAUAUAAGUCCUAACGAGAGAGACAGUGCACACACCAGGGUGGAAAAGGAUGCUUGCAAAGCUUGUCGUUUUGAGAAUUUCACUGAUACACAUGGAAAAAAACUGAAGAAUGGAAAAAGAACUGAAGACCACCAGAGGGUACUCCUGGAUCACUUAACUGUUGGGGAAGAAUCUGAGGUGAUCACUAGCAGCGAAGGCCAUGGUGAUAAUAAUUUGCCCAGGAAUUCUCAGACCUACUUGCAAUGCCAAGCCAUUCAUAAUGAUUCUGUAAAACAACAGAGUCAGCAGUUUUUUGACUACACAUUACUGAAAGAGGAAAAUCUUAUACAUCAAAAAGGAGCAGCACAUAUGAUACUUGAACAGUAUGCAUCAUCUAAUAAGUUUUCAGAUGAGGCUCAAGAUAAGAACCACCCUCAAGCAGACAAAGAUGGGUUCACCAUGAUAAAAGAAAUCCCUCAGGCAAAGCUAACCAAGGGCAACACCACUGGACAGCUUCAAAGGUUGGGAGACCCAAAGGAGCAAAGCUUAUAUCAUCAGCCAUUGAAGAAGGACAUUGAGUUAUGCUCCGGUCCUUGCCUUCCUGGUGCCCCCAGGAAACAGCAAGAUCCCAGCGCUGCUGGAUGUGAUCAAAUACAUGGUGCCUUUGUGAAUACUUCUGGUCAAAAAAGAAUGCUUCCUUUAAAGAAGCAGCCCCAUCGAACGUGUAAGAGAGUUUCCUAUCAGGAGCUGGUCAGUGUGGGGAGAAAAGUGGGUAAAGUCAGAAGUUCUGCCAUUGGAAAGAGUUCAUCUAAUCCCAUCCCCACCAAAGCACACAGACUUCUCAGCUCAUGUGCUGUGCCUGUACCCACACAAUUGGAACCUGAACCAGUACCUAUCAGGAGCUUGCUUAGCCACAAACCAAAGCAGAAGGCUACUCUGUGCCAUCCCUUGAGCCUGAGUUUUAGGAAGCCUACCAAAGAAUCAGCCUUACUAAAUAAGCUAUCCAUCCUUGCCUCCAAACUAGCCCCACCUGCCAAGUCCCCGAUACUCAGAUACCAUCGGUGUUCCUCUGCACUUCUGCCAGUGGCUAAAAGUUAUAAGCGCCUCAGAUAUAAAAGGCUCCUGGAUGGAUUUUCGUAUAACGCAAUGCAGCUGAACCCAUAUAUGGCAGCUAAUAAAUGGGAUCAGAGGCCUAACAGCAAACCCUUGGCACUUGAUUCCCUUGAAGCCAUCAAAAUGAGCUUCAUAGAUUUGAGCAACAGGAUGCCAUCACUGCUGUUUGGUUCUGAAAUCUUCCCAGUUUCCUUUCAUGUGAAACCAACCUCUAGUUGCAUGAUGGAAGCCUCGAGGACUUUUCCUGAGCACUGCGCUCCAUCGAGGCUUGCCUUAGGAGAGGCCUCCCAGUGCCUGCCUCAACCUCCCAAGUGGACCUUUUCUUUCUUUUUGUCCCAUGCUUGCCCUGGUAUGGCUACAUUCAGGGAAGACACCAGCCUCCAUAGUCAGGCACACACUCAGGCUACUCCACAGACUCCAGCUCCUCUCCCAGACUAUGGAGGCACUGCCAUGGUCCAGACCAGAGCAGACUGCUCUGUCUUUGGCCUUCACACUCUUCUUGCACUUUGUUCUCCUGGAUGCUACCGAAUCUGGACAAAACAACGGAGCUUCUCAAAUCACAUGCCUACCAUGCAGAGGCUCUUCAUGACACAGUUUACACAGGGAUUGAAAGGGCUAAGGUCUCCAGCCUCCAUAGCAAAUAAGGUCUUCUAUUCUCUGCCCUACUCGGUGGGCAGAGUGUUGUCCAUUUGGAGCCAGCAUGGGUCCUCUUCCUGCUCCUUCGAAAUCUCUGCUCUUCAUCAUAGCAAGCGACAGCCGAGUCUGAGCACCACAAACAGGUAAACUCUGUUCCUGUUCUUUGCUUAUAUCCCAUAUUUGCUUCCUACCACUGGGGAAGUGUUGGAAAUGCAGUGCUGCUUGGAGGCCUCUUUGUGUCUGCAUUUGCUGUGCACGUCGGGAAAUCUCUGCUAAGGAAAUAAUGCAGUCAUU